AAAUCCACAUGAUUUUCUUGAUGACUCACAGCCGAAAAUCAUUUUUUAUACUGCAUACAAAUUUCCCUUUCUUUAAUAUGCAUGACAUACCCCUAGACAUGGGCUCAUAGCCAUUUUUCUUCUUAUCUUUGCGGGUAUUCUGGACGACUGUGGUUUGUUUCAGUUCCUGGGGUGGUAAUUUUCUGAGGAAUUUGCCUAAUGGGUUGAGUUAUUUAAAGGCCUCGUAGUCAAGAACAUACGAGUCAUUCCACUUUUUGCAUUGCUUUUGGUUGUGAGAAAAGGUGCAGACCUUUGGGUUUCAAGAGAGCAAGAAAACGCUUGUGGUAGUUAAUACUUAGAUUCCACUUUUUUGGCAGCAUGAAAAACUUUGGUUCAUGGGUUCUGUUCUUGGUGACUUCGACAGGUUUUUUAUGCUUUGCUUUCUCGACUGAGAGCAGCAUCACCUCAUCAAGUCCCGGUUUGGUUCUCGAUCAACUUGGGAGUGAUAUAACAGUGACUAUCCAGAGUAGGAAGUUAAAGGAGUACACUGCAAGUACUUAUAAGGAUGAAACAGGCCAUGCAGAGCUUGAUGAUUACCGUCCAAUCGAUCCAGCUCCUAAUUCAAAGGCUUCCAUAAGACCUGGGCCUAUCCAACAUGGUACUCCUCUCAUGCCUUACAUCCCCAAGCCUUCUCCUCCCCCUGGUCACCAGAAAGAAGGCGGCUUCCCUUAAGACGAUUUCCAAGCUCCCUCUUGAUGCUCGUGCCUGAAGGGGAAGAAUGUAAUAAUUUUUAGGUGUCGGAGAUUAUUAGUUUUCUUGUCUAUCAUGUAAUAUGUCUACGUUGAAUGAAAACUUGCAUGAGGCCCCUAUAGGCCUUGCCUAAAAGAAAACCAUAGUUGAUCGAUAUAUUAUGAUUAUAGCUAGUGUUAAAUUGUAAUCCUUUGAUUGUUUAAUUAACCUAGGAAAUCAGCAUAAGCAUUAAGUUGA